UCACUCAGCCCCUCUGCUCACUCUGACACACACACACACACACAUGCGCUCACACACACACUCACACACACACUCAAGCACUCACACAGUCUCUCCACACACUCUUACUGCAAACUUGGUAGAUCGCAGAGCAGAACUUCGAGCAGCAUUUCUCCUCUGGGAAUUCUUCAUGUUAUGGAAAGUGUUUAUUUAAAUCUGGAUUCUUGUUAAGCAUGCCUGAGGUUCACAGUGUGCUCCUGGACGUCUGGAUGGACUGUGAGGAACUUCGGAGAACUUUUCCUGAUGCUUUGGUGGAACGUGGUGUGAGCUGUUGAUGAUUGUUGAUUUUCCAGCUUUUUCCUGGAUUUUGGAGAACUUUUGCACACUUUGAGAAGACACACUGUAGAACCUGAGGACUCUGGUGUGAGGAAUCUUCUCCAUCACGACUAUGUGGUUUCGACUUCUCCUCGCCUCGUUGUUCCGCGUGCGGGAUGUGUGUGUAAGGUACGGGUUCUCCGUGUGCUCAUGCUGAACGGGACUCCAGCGUGUAUCCAGUGCGGAAAGCUGAGCCAAAUGAUUCCUCUUCUUCUCCUCUCUCUUCUGUUGUCUCUUCUUCAUGGGUCGGAGGCGGAAUCCACGCUCCUCGCUAAGCUUCACCACUCCAAUGGAAAAGAGCACAACGGAGUUCAGGAGUCUCAGCAUGAGAAGGUAGUGCUGGUCAGCGGCGACGGCGUCGUCCACAGUCCCGGGUUUCCACACACGUACCCACGCAGUACUGUGAUCGUGUGGAGACUCGUGGCAGCCAAUGAGAACGCCAGGAUUCAGCUGACCUUUGACCCCCGCUUCGGACUGGAGGAUCCUGAGGACGGCGUGUGCAAGUAUGAUUAUGUGGAAGUAGAGGAACCUGAUGGAGGAAUGGUGCUGGGUCGCUGGUGUGGCUCUCAGUCUGCUCCUGGCCCUCAGAUGUCCAAAGGGAACCAGAUUCGCAUUCGUUUCAUUUCAGAUGAGUACUUUCCCUCAGAGCCGGGUUUCAGCGUCCACUACUCUGUCCUGCAGCAGAAGCCGGCCGUUCCCGCCGUCAUGCCCUCGGCUCUGCACAGCGUGGAGGCUCUGAGUGAAGCCGUGUCUGAAUUCGGUACGGUGGAGGAGGUCCUGAAAUACCUGGAGCCUGAUCGCUGGCAGCUGGACCUGGAGGAACUUUACAAGCCCCACUGGCACGUCCUGGGCAAGUCCUUCUUCCACCAGAAAAAAAACAGAGGCGUGGUGGAUCUGAACCUGCUCCGGGAGGAGGUCCGGCUCUACAGCUGCACUCCUCGUAAUUACUCGGUGUCCCUGCGAGAGGAGCUGAAGAGGACGGAUGUGAUUUUCUGGCCCAGCUGCCUGCUGGUGAAGCGAUGUGGUGGAAACUGCACCUGCUGCUCCAACAACUGCUACGACUGUCAGUGCACGCCCACUAAAGUGACCAAAAAAUAUCACGAGGUCCUGAUGCUGAAGUUCAGACCGGGUCGAGGCUCGCUGAAGUCGCUGACGGACGUGGCGCUGGAGCAUCACGAGGAAUGCAACUGCGAAUGCAAGAACGACUGAACGAGGAGCUUCAGUGAGGAAAUAUUUAUUCAAUGGACUUCUUUUACUUCAGUGCUCGAGCUAAUGAACCGGACAGAUAAACGUGUUUCAGCUGGACUUGUUGGCUCCUGUACCGGUCAUCUCACAGAUCUGUGGAAAAAAAAAACAGUUCUUCUUCACUGGUCCAGUUUAAAUUUUGGGCAGGAUGAUAGAUCUUUUAACAUUUUCAAUAUGGAGAAAAUGUUUUGUUCUUUAAAUAUGCUUCUAAUCACGCUCGGGGAAAAAAGACGUGACCAUUUUCUGUUUUCACCUUCUGAUGUUCUUCAUCCUUCUCCAAACCUCACUGGAUAUUUUUUAUGAUGCUUUUGAUAUCGUGAACCUCUUCACUGGAGGUCACUGUUGACCAGAAGAGAACCUCCGACUUUUAUUAAAUGUACCUUUUUAAUCCGAGACAGGAAGGAGAACUGAGGGGCAGGAAGGAGAACCGAUGGACAGGAUGGAGAACCGAGGGACAAAAUGGAGAACCGUGGGACAGAAUGGAGAACUGAGGGACAAAAUGGAGAACCGAGAGACAGAAUGGAGAACUGAGGGACAAAAUGGAGAACCAAGGGACAGAAUAGAGAACUGAGGGACAAAAUGGAGAACUGAGGGACAAAAUGGAGAACUGAGGGACAAAAUGGAGAACCGAGGGACAAAAUGGAGAACUGAGGGACAAAAUGGAGAACUGAGGGACAAAAUGGAGAACCGAGGGACAGAAUGGAGAACCGAGGGUCAGAAUGGAGAACCGAGGGUCAGAAUGGAGGCUUAUGUCUUCGAGCGCGACAAGAGCUUCUGUUUCAUCUGCGAAAGGCGAGAGCUUCUCUUUCAUCUGUGUUCUCCUGAAAAGGAGGCUAGGAGAACGUUCAGGGAAACAAAGGAGUGCAGAAGAGGGUUCUUUUUUUUUCCUUUUUCCGAGUCCUUUCUGCAGCUCAUUCAUCAAACGUCCCGUGAUGAGGUUGGAGAUGAGCGAGGAGGUGCAAGUGAGCUCUUUUUGUAGAUUUUUGUGCAUUUUCCGUGAUGUAAAUAGCCUUCCUGUUCUGGUUUUCUUGAGUUUUGUAUCUUUGUUGUUAUCGAUCAUGUGCGUUUUUUAUGCGGAUCAUGCCUUCUCACUGUUUUAUACACGUUUCUCUUUAUUAAAGAGUUCAUCAGUCACCAGUCCACCAGCAAAACCCACAGUGUUAAAGAGCAUUUAUAGGAUCAUAUUUACACGAUAUAUCAAAUAGAGACACAAUAAUGUUCUUUAAAUCAUUUUUUGGGCAUUUUACUGCCUUUAUUAUUCCUAUAAAAUUAGGUGAAGUUCUGGGUAAAGGCAACAAAAAAGUUGAUAUCACUCAAGAAAAAGAAGCUUUUAAGGAACAUAUACAUACACAAGAACACAAAGUUUUAUGUUGUUGAUUUUAAACCCCACCCCUCACACAAAGCUCCACCCCACAGAGCUCCGUCCCUCAAUUAUGUGCCCCUUACUUACACAGAGCUCUGCCCCUCAUAUAUGUGCCCCUUAAACAGAGCUCCAUCCCUUACAAAAAUCCCUGUCCCUCACAUAAAGCCCCGCCCCUCAUACAAAGUCCCACCCUUCAUGCAUAAACAGCUCUUGUAUAAACAGUGCUCUGAAGAGAUCAUUCAGCACUGUGAGUUUUGCUGUACACAGGUAUGAACAGGUAUAAACACAAAAUAAAUUUAAAGUGAAAGUGAUGUCAUGCAGGUUAUUAAUCUUUAACACACAUCUCCAUAUUCUGGACUUUACAGUUAAACACUAAUCAAAUUCAUCCAUCCAUCCAUUCUUUUUUUCCACUGGAAGAUUGUUUAUUUCUGAUUAAACAUCCUGUCUCCUCAGUGUUUAUGUGCUCUCUAACAGUCUUCUGUUUAUCUUUUAUUUAACUCCAUGUGCGAAAUGGUAAAAAAUAACAGACUGGAUUUGAUGCUUUUCAUUGCGAUGGUGUUGAUGUGUGUUUGUGUGUGUGUAAGAGAGAGAGAGAGAGAGAGAGAGAGAGAGAGAGAGAGUGUGUGUAUGUGUGUGUGUGUAAGAGAGAGAGAGAGAGAGAGAGAGAGAGAGAGAGAGUGUGUGUAAGAGAGAGAAAGAGAGAGAGAGUGUGUGUGUGUGUGUGUGUAAGAGAGAGAAAGAGAGAGAGAGUGUGUGUGUGUGUGUGUGUGUGUGUGUAAGAGAGAGAAAGAGAGAGAGUGUGUGUGUGUGUGUGUGUAAGAGAGAGAGAGAGAGAGAGUGUGUGUAAGAGAGAGAAAGAGAGAGAGUGUGUGUGUGUGUGUGUGUAAGAGAGAGAAAGAGAGAGAGAGUGUGUGUGUGUGUGUGUGUGUAAGAGAGAGAAAGAGAGAGAGAGUGUGUGUGUGUGUGUGUAAGAGAGAGAAAGAGAGAGAGAGUGUGUGUGUGUGUGUGUGUGUAAGAGAGGGAAAGAGAGAGAGUGUGUGUGUGUGUGUGUGUGUGUAAGAGAGAGAAAGAGAGAGAGAGUGUGUGUGUGUGUGUGUAAGAGAGAGAAAGAGAGAGAGAGUGUGUGUGUGUGUGUGUGUAAGAGAGAGAAAGAGAGAGAGAGUGUGUGUGUGUGUGUGUAAGAGAGAGAAAGAGAGAGAGAGUGUGUGUGUGUGUGUGUGUAAGAGAGAGAAAGAGAGAGAGAGUGUGUGUGUGUGUGUGUGUAAGAGAGAGAAAGAGAGAGAGAGAGUGUGUGUGUGUGUGUGGGUAAGAGAGAGACAGAGAGAGAGAGUGUGUGUGUGUGUGUGUAAGAGAGUGAAAGAGAGAGAGAGUGUGUGUGAGUGUGUGUGUGUAAGAGAGGGAAAGAGAGAGAGUGUGUGUGUGUGUGUGUGUAAGAGAGAGAAAGAGAGAGAGUGUGUGUGUGUGUGUGUGUGUGUAAGAGAGGGAAAGAGAGAGAGUGUGUGUGUGUGUGUGUGUAAGAGAGAGAAAGAGAGAGAGUGUGUGUGUGUGUGUGUAUGUUUGGUUUUUUUUCUCCUGAAAUUUCUCUGUAUUGUUCUUUGCCCCAUAAACCAUUAAACACAUGUUCAGACUUCA